AUGGCUUUACCUACUACGGGACCGCGUAUCCGACGGGACUCGCGCAUUGAGACUUCCAGGCUCACACCCGCUGAACGUGAGGAGCUUAUCAAGCCCUAUCUCCCAGACCCGGCUAUCAGAGGUAAACAGAAGUAUAAGCAGAAGAAGAAACCUAUCCGAACAUUUCUGAAGUCGAAGCUACACUAUCUCGUUUACUUCUUAAUCCAUGUCUUCUUCAGCAUCUAUAUCAGGUUUCGCCAGGCCUACCAUGCGAUUUGCGAUCGAAUUCUGGCAAUUCUCUACUACCAUCACCGCACCCCGGAGCUGAUACACAAGGAUGUGCGCGGCCUGAGCCAGUUGCCACAGCAUCUGAGCAUCGUGCUGACACUGAGGAAGGACGAAGAUGGAUUAAGUGUGAUUAUGGACGAGGUGGCGGAGUUGGCGGCAUGGAGCUCGUGUGCGGGAAUUCCGAUGUUGAGUGUGUAUGAGAAAACAGGCAUCCUAAAAUCCUACAUACCCACCCUCCACAAAAUAGUCAUAAACAAACUCUCAACCUACUACGGACCCCCGACACACCAACCAACCCUCCGCCUCUUCGCCCCACACCACACCAUCUACUCACCAACCCUCUGCCCCGCCUCCUCAAAAGCAAACCAAGCCAUCCUCACCCUCCUCCUCCUCUCGUCCACAGACGGCCGCGAAACCCUCGUCGACCUCACCAAAACCUUGGCCGAAAUGGCCCAACACGGCAAACUGUCCCCACAAGACAUAAGCCCGAAGCUAAUCGACGCAGAGAUCAGCGAACUGACUUCCCCACCCACACCACCACCGACUGAUAUGUCCGAUCCGCACUUUGACGAGAGGAAUAGCGUUUCCUCGUCGAGUGGGGCGGGGAGUACGCUGAUGAUGGAUUUGCCGCGGUCUUCGUCGGGCAGCACUGUGACGGCGGGUACGGAGAAUGACGCACCUACAGCAGUGUUGAUGAAGUCUGAACCGCAUCUGUUGAUGGUGUUUGGGCCGUACGUGCUGCUGGAUGGGUAUCCGCCGUGGCAGCUGCGGCUGACGGAGAUAUAUUGCACGGGGAAUAAAGGGAGUUUGAUCACAGGUGGUGGGGAGGCGGUGGAGUAUCAGAAGUUUCUAAAGGGCUUGUGGAGGUUUUCGAAGGCGGAGAUGAGGUUUGGGGGGUAG